AAAAAAAGAAAGGAGGAAAAAAGCAAACACUGCUGUGGUACUACAUCUGGAAUACAGAGACUCGUGCUUUGAGAAUCUAUAGUGGGAUCCCAUAGUAAACGCAACCUUGUGUUUUCUUCCUGCUCUCUUUCGCUUUUAAAGGAUUUUUAAUCUCACUCUCUCACCUACGAGACCCAAAAUGCUGGCCAUUCUGCUCGCAACGUUAGUCUUACAUCUGACAGAUCUUAUCAUUCUCUUCGUUUCCACAUGUGCUAAUGCUUGGAGAAGACAUGGAGAUGCAAGUUAUGACCUCUGGUAUGACUGCACACAAAAUAAUGGAGGUUAUCAAUGCAGUGGGACUAAUGAUGCAGACUGGCUUCAAGCAGUGCAGGCGCUCAUGGUUCUCGCCACCAUUUUCUGCCUGAUCUCCUUCAUCAUCUUCCUCUGCCAGCUCUUCACUCUCGUAAAGGGAGGUCGCUUCUUUUUCACGGCUGUCUUCCAGGUCCUCGCCAGUCUGUUCGUGAUGAGUGGGGCCAUCAUCUACACAGUGAUGAGUCCAGGGUGGAAAGAUGACAAUGAGAAUUACGGAUACGCCUUCGUCCUGGCCUGGCUGGCGUUCCCUCUCACACUCAUCAGUGGCUUCAUUUACAUUGUCCUGAGGAAAAAAGAAUGAGAGUUCAGCCCUCAGGGAUUGUUCUAGAACUGAGAACACUACUCAGCUGACAGACUCUAACCAAUCGGCCGCCUCCUCCAGGCCUGAAUAUUUAGACCUAAUGUGAUCAACAAAACUGACAGUUCAUGAAGAUUCAAUACAGUGAAGACGCAAUGGUUGCCUUUGGCUGGCGAGCCUAUUUAUAUCACUUUUACAUAGCUUUUUUUUGUAAAUAGUAAUGCUAUGACAUGUCAAUGAAGGCCCUGAUUUUUAAAAAAAGUUUUACUCAUGGAGGAAAGAUAUAGGAAAAGUAUAAAUCUUUUUGUUUGUUUUGUAUUAUGUGUUAUAACCCCUUUCAAAUAUCUUGUUUUUAAAUGUCAUAAUAAAGUGUAUUCUCAAAAGGGAAUCUGUUGAUGUCGACUUGAAAUUUUUCUUAUAUCCAAAUUCCAGAAGUGUGUUUUGUUUCUUGAAAUUUUUUUAGUGGUGCUAUGUAUUUACCAUUGCUGAACUUUAUACCUAGAUAAUACGUAUAGGCUCAAAUGUUGUGUUAAAUAUCACAAAAAACAUUUUAUAAUGCAUAUUUUACCUGUGAUUAUAUCACUUUAUGAGAUGUCUUCUUUCUGUAAUAUUUUUGUUUUGUUUUGUUUUUAGGAAAAAAUAAAUUUCUAAUUUUU